AUGGCCAGCCCAAUCCGGCAAUACAACAACAAACGCUCCAUACUACCACAUUCUUCAGCUCUUCUUGUGCUGAAAACAAUACAACACAACGUUAAUACCGUCCAAAUGGCAUCCUCGGAACAGGCGUUCGUCAACUCGUUCUGGGGCCUCCAGGAUGCGGGCUUUGCAGCCAUACAGCUGCGCAUCAAAACGUCUCAAGCUACCCUCACAGAACUUCUUCAUUUCUACAAAGAACGACUCGCAAUUGAGCGCGAAUACAACAGAAAACUCGAAAAGCUUUCGGGCUCGUCUAAAUAUGGGAACGGCGAGACGGGCACGUUGAAGAUAGCUCUAGAUAAGUUCCGGCUCGAGCUGGACCGGAUGGUACAGCAACACAGCAAGUUUGUUCGAUCGGUGUCGCUUCACAACUAUGAGAAGUUGCAUAAUUUCUGCCAGAUCUACGACCGGAAUAUCGCCAAAAUCGAGACCCACAUGCACAAAGUUUUGGCAAGGAAGCAUGAUUUGAAGCAGACUGUAAGUGCAGCAAAGGAGAAGUACAGACUUGCAUGUGCACAAGAGAAAACAUUGUCGCUACAAUGUCAAACAACCUGGGGUAAGGAGCUUGAUAAUCACACUGUGAAGCUCAACAAAGUGAGACUGACGUUGGCGACACUCUCGCAGAACUACCAACUGGCGGUCGAGAGAUACAGGGAGAUUCAUGAAAUUUGGGUGAGGGACUGGUCCAUCGCCUUGCUGAGCAUCUACUCCUUGGAGGUGGAGCGGAUCCAAAUCUGCAAACUCAAUUGUUUCAGUUUCUGCAACCAUGUCGCUUCUUUGUGUGUCGACUGGGACCAGGCAGUAGAUACCACCAGGUCUUCUUUUGCUAACGUGGCAGCUCCUAAAGAUGCAACUGACUUCGUAGUCACUUACGGCACAGGCAGCCAGAUUCCUUCCCCACCAGAAUUUGUGAACUUUGCUGGAGGUUGCGACGACACCUCGGAGGAUAAAUACACUGUUGCCAACUUCAAGGACCCAGACUACACUCAGAUCUUGUCACGGACAUUCUCGACACAUUCUGGAAUGACAGCAACGACCGGAAGUGCUAGAUCACCCUCAACGUCUCCUCCAAAAAGUCAACCAGCGCCAGUGGCCAGAACCCCUUCGCCCCAGAAAACGCUACCGCCAAUCCGCAAGUCUCUUGACCUUUCACCAGACACCGGCAUCAAAUCAAAGCCUGUUUUGCUACCUGAGAGCCAUACAACUUUGCUCAAACAGCCAUCACAGUAUAGUAAUGUAACUGGAGACAGCAACGACAUCUUCGACGACAAACAACACCAUGCAUCCACGCAUCUGUCUGUUUAUUCGCAUCCAUCGAGUUAUUCCAACGACACUAAGAGAAGCUGGGCUUCUCCAAGAAGAAAGCUGAGACAGGAGCUCCAACAGGAAAUCAAUCGCCGCCUGCAAGAUUUGAGCUACAUGUUCCCCAAAUCGCCAGAAAAGGACAAAGAGGCCAGCAAGCCGGUGCAUAUUACCAAAGAUUUCUCCAUUGAUUUCAUCGCCAAAGCGCUCGAUGACCUCAACGCAGGCGGAAACGGAGACGUCAACAAGUUCAGACGCUCUGUGCGGUCAACGCAGCAAAACUCCAGUCCACCACGACCUGCGUCUGAUUUUGUGGACGAUUCCCAAGAAAAGGCCACCAGAAAAGAUUCAAUCCUGUUCAGGGCUCCUGAGACAAACUUCAGCAAGUCCUACUCUGGUGUCGACAAUGGUGGUAGCCCUCAACGAAGACUGCCAGGUCUGGCUCAAGAUCUGCCCGUCAGAACACACAGACGGUCUUUGCUGCAGUCUCCAACGAAAUCCUUCAAGAAUCUCAAUUCUUUUGUGGAAGGCAUCACACCAAUUACCAAGGCUCAUUUUGUCACGAAGGCGGUUGCAAAGUAUGGAUACAAGGCCCGCGAGGACGGAGAACUUGCCUUCAAGAAGGGCUGGCAUAUGUAUGUGAUCCACAAACAAGAGGACAAUUGGUAUGUUUGUGAGUUGGGCGAAAAUUGUGGAUCCGAAAGGGGAUCUGUUGGAUUGGUGCCAUAUAAUUAUGUCAUUGAAGGUGACGAUGUAUUUUAG